GCUUGGAGCUGGAUGCUGCGGAUGGAGGCGGCGUCGUCGCCUCAGUCGGCGAGCUGCUGGACGACGGCCUGGGGCUCGAGGUCGUCGAGGACGGCGAGGAGGCGGCUGGCGCCUCGGAGGAGCUGGAGCCGUCGCCCGCCGAGCCGAUCACCAUCGAGCCGAACUCUUUCUACUUGAGUACAGGCUCCGGCGACGACGGGCAGCAGCAGUGCGGUUUCGUGUGGCGUGCGCUGCGGGUCAUGGCCGCCCCCGAGCAGCUCGUGCGCGCGAGGCUCUUUUUUAGCGACGACGCGUACUGGGACUGGUGGGCGGGGUCUCCAGGCGUUGCGGGUGCAAUCUCCCCCAGCGUUUUGCUGCACGUCUGCGCGGACGACCCGUGCGGUGUGGAGGCGCCCGCGGGAUGCGACGAGCUCAUCCACGUCUCGGACGCCCGCAGGCUGGAGGCAGAGGGCGUCGCCGACGUCUUCUCGAGCUGCUUGCGCCGCAACCCCGAUGCGGUCUGGCCCGCGGACCUGCUGGGGCCGCGUGCGGCGCGGCUGGCCGCUCCACGUCAGGGCCGCGCCUCGGCGGCGCCAGGGGCCGCUGCGGCCGGCGCCCCUCCAGUCAGCGCGGAGGCCGCGCCGAGCGAGGGCAAGCCGAAGAAGCGGGGCCUCGCCGAGGUGCUGGCGGAGCCCAUGGCGAAGGUCGCCAGGGGCCCCAGCGCCGAGGCGACGCGCGGCUCGGGCGGGCCAGCUGCUGCGGCUGCGGCCAGCGGGGGUGCUGCAGGAGAGGGCGCGAAGGAGUUGGCGACGGCGCUCAUGGCAGUGCUCGGGAGCUCGGCCGCGCAGGCCGCUGGCAGCUCGGACGCUGGGGCCGCCGCGGGCCCCCUCGGCGCGCCCAGCGGGGCCGCGGCCGCGGGGGGUCUGGCGACGAAGCGGGCUCAUUGCAGGAAGAUGGCGCAGGACCAGCCUGGCAAGUUGUCAGGGCUCGCGCUGAUGCAGAUGGCGAA